AUGGUCGCAGUUGCUAUCGAAUAUUUCGGGCCCGCAAAAACAUAUACAAACGGCGUGGCGCACGAGAGAGUAGAGCUGACAGAGCCGGCAACGCUUAACACGCUAAUUCAGCACGUCGGUCGCUCGUACUCGUCCGAAUUCGCUCAAUAUAUCGUCUCCAGCUGUGGAGUCGUGGUCAAUGAGGACUACGUGGAAACCGAGCGCAUAGGCAUCGAAUUCUUCGGUAAAAACAUUGCUCUCCAGUCAGGCGACGUGGUAGGCAUCAUUCCGCCAGUUUCAAGUGGAUAA